UCGGGACUGACACAACUGUUAUUGUAAAGGUUAAUAUGAAAGCUAGCGACAGUACCACUUGAGUUAAUUACGAAGUUACAAGUGCCUUUAUGGUUCAGUGGAAGUUAUACUAUAUAAUUGGCCGCACAGAAAAUUCACAUCCUUGGUGAAAUUGCAUCUAAUAUUCAAAUACCACUUGUCAUUUAGCAGCCUCUAGUUUUUUAUGAGUUAGUUGUUGUUGUUGUUGAUUUUUCUUCCAAAUUUACCGGAGCCGGGAAAGAUGAAAAUUGGAUAUUUUAUUUUCCUUUUCUUCUUACGAAGAAUAGUUUGCAGUUACGUAUCAACAAGAUGCCCUGUUCGUUGGCUGGAACGACCAGAGGGCAACUCGUGCUACCGAUUCUGGCCAACUAGAAUGAAAUCAUGGAAAGAGGCUCGUGCCACGUGUCAAGCACGUGAUGGGGAUCUACUUAAGUUAAAUUCAAAACACGAAAAGGCGUGGAUAAUCAAUGAGGUUAAAAAGUACCCUGUAAAUUAUGAAUGGUGGAUAGGGCUUCAGAGGCAUCCGGGGAACGACAGUAUCUGGCUGUGGACAGAUGGUACUUCAAGGAACGAAACUGACAACUUCAUACAAUGGGGAUCUGGUGAGCCGAACAAUCACCGCGAUUCAGAGGACUGUGCUGAAAUUUGGGACAACCUUCUGAAUGACAAAAACUGUGAACAGCCACUACAGUUUAUCUGUGAACGACCGAAAGAUCUGCCCAUGAAAUGUGACGCAGAUAAUGGAUGGGAUGACCUUGGUUUGGAUAACUGUUAUAAAUACUUCAGCGAUAAAGUAACACAAACCCAAGCCGUGACAACUUGUAGAGAAGACGGUUACGAUUCAUUUUUGGUAUUGAUAAAUGACGACAGUGCUCAACAACGAAUCACGGAUUUUCUCGAUCAUAAGGACAAGACUACUGUAUGGAUAGGGUACCUAUUCGACACGAGCCAUUCUUCUUGGUUGAGCAUGCGUAUCACGAGGUUUGAGGCGAGGAAUAACUGGUGGAUUGAUGGUACUCCAGACCCUGAAAUUAUUGCACACAACGAUACGUUGUGCUCUGUAAUUGACACCAAUGCGGUCGGCAUUAAGAAUUGGAAACCUGCGAAUUGUGACACCAGCAAUUCGUUUAUGUGCUCUAAACCACUAGGUACGUGCCCAUAUGGCUACAUCCUGCACAAGGCAACGUGUUAUAAUCUGAAUACACAGGAUUUUCAUACAUGGAAUGAAGCCAGAGGUUUUUGCAACCUUAGAUCAACCAAGUUAUUGGAAAUUAAGAACGACAAUGACUGGUACUAUAUUUUGACGGUGCUUAAGAAUCAUUACAGUUUGACUGAAAUAAAAUCCGUCUGGCUUGGAUUGUCCGGUAAAGAUGUCGAUAGUCUUAAAUGGGACAGUGGCGAUGAAACUGGAGAUUUUGAGAAAGCAAAGUCGAAUGGGAAACUGAAGCUGUCUCCAACGGAUACGCAGUGUGGCUUUAUAGACAAUAGUGAGAUCACUAAUACCGCAGACGGAAGUCAGUGGAAGUUUGGAGAUUGCAGUGAAAGCAGGGGAGCUAUUUGCACAGUUCCGGUUGACAAGCCGGUGACUACACCUCCACCACAGAAACCUAAGUACGAAUGUCCGGAAGGCUACACUUUAAAUGGUAUCAAAUGUUACCGCUGGAACCCUGAUGAUCCUGUCGACUGGUAUUCUGCACGUGAAAAAUGUGCAGAUGAAGGAGCAGACCUUGUCACGAUACAGUCAGAGGAAGAACAACAAUAUUUGUCAAGUUUUAUACAGAGUGAAACUUGGAUUGGCCUGAAUGAUCGACGGAAGGAAGGAUUAUUCAGCUGGUUAGAUACAUCUGCUGAGGUUAACUACCAGUAUUGGCUUGAAAGUGAACCUAAUAAUGUACAAAUAGGAAGUCAGUACUCUGAGAAUUGUGUUUCAAUGAUUUAUUUGCCUGGUGAGGAGAAUCAUGGGAAGUGGUCUGACUACCCUUGCAGUUAUAAAGCAAAAUUUGUUUGUCAAACACCUGCAGAGUGGAAUAUAGCUCUUGGUAAAAUAGCAACCCAAUCAAGUAUUCGUCAAGUGGACAUCUACAGAUACUCUAGUUACGAGUAUGCUUAUGACUACGGUACAGAAGAUAGUAACGACGUUGCACAUAAAGCAAUCGAUGAGUGCACUACCCGUUCCGUACAAUCCAGUGCAUGUUGUGCUCGCACAGACAGUGAAGAUAACCCUUGGUGGAUGCUUGACCUAGGAACAUAUUACCCAGUCGGAAAAAUCGUCAUACAUCGCCGGUCUGAAGAAACCUGCACCGACUGUAUGGCACAGUUUCAAAACUUCCGUUUGUUUAUAAGCAAUACUUCUAUGGACAGUAGCACGGACGAUUCAGACAUGGUCUAUCAGGAACAAAGGGAUCAUAUACCUGCUAUUAUAGUUCUAAAUCUGAGCAACGUCACAGUUGGAAGGUACAUAAGAAUAGAUAUACCAACAAAAGCGGCAACAUUAGCAUUGUGCGAAGUAAAAAUAUAUGAAGGUAAAAGUUUACAGAAAGCCAUCGAUCCUACAAACUCAAACUGUAUUACUGACUCUACAAAAUGGAUUGGUGAUAUCAGGCAUACUGUGAGCGGAAGAACUUGUCAACGCUGGGUAGAAAAUAUACCUCAUAACCAUGGAUACCAUGACAAAACAUUUCCUGACGGAACUGAAAAAGACGCUGAAAACCUCUGCAGGGACCCAUUAGGUGAAGGCCAACCUUGGUGCUAUACAACCGACCCGGAUGUUCGUUGGGAAUUCUGUCCCGUGCCUCAUUGUAUAAGUGAAGUAGGUUCAUUUGACUCGGAAGUUGAAGGAGGCAAAGAUUCAGACUGUAAAUUUGGAUGGGAGGAAGAUCCAAACACAGGUGACUGCUAUUGGUUAGGUGAUGAAACACUAACUUGGGCAGACGCAAAAUCCGUCUGUGAAAGCGUUGGAGCAAGUCUUCCACUACCCGAAAGUAAAGAAGAUAUUACUUUGCUCACAGGCAAAUUACUUGACCAACAGAGUGGGUUGUUUUGGCUUGAUGUGUACUAUGAGAUAGUAGAGAGCAGCUGGGUGUCAGCCAAGGACGAUGUACCAAGUUUUAUUCUUGAAAAACUCGGAACGUCAUCACCGUCAACAACAAUGUGUGCGACUGCUGAAAACUACGGAAACAUUCAGUCAAAAAGCUGCUAUGAGAGGAACGCGUACAGUUGUGUAAAGUCAGGUCCUUUCAUCAAAUACCGAACAAGUUCAGACGAGCUAUAUAAACAAGUACCUAAGAGCAUAAUUGAAACUAUAAAGGAUGGUUCUAUUACCACAUUUACAAUAAAAUUUGAAUUCAAGGGAUAUGAUGGUGCGUCUGUGUUGUUAAAUCAAAUAACAGAUGUACAGUUAAAUGAUGGAUACACGAUUCAUAUUGGUGGUAAUAUUUCUCCAAAGUCGUCGAUUUCCAAAAAAGGCUCUGAUAAUCCAGAACAUUCCACGUUCAUACCAAAUUUAUGUGAUGAAAACGAAUACAAGCAAUUCUGGAUACGGUGGACAAGCGGUAAGAGUGAUGGAGACCUGAUAGAGGUCGGUCGUGGGUCAGAUAUUGGGCGUAAUAUGUUUAUGCAAUGGAGUGAUCCAGACGGUAUUUCAGCUUCGUCUGUGUCGGUUGCUACAAUAACGAAAACAUCGGCCGUGUACCAAGGAUACUGGAGAUUUCAGAAAGCCAGUAAGAAAAAUGAACAAGCUAAAGCAGAAGUAAACCUGGCUUUAGGUAAACCAACGAAGCAGUCCAGUACCUUCUCGUAUCACAGCGGGCCUGAGAAAGCCGUGGACGGGUGCAAGAGCAACACAUACAACAGUCAGUGUAUAACACAUUCACGUGAAAAUUUUGAGCCGUGGUGGGAGGUGGACCUCGGGAAGGUGUAUCCAAUCCGUAAGGUGGUGAUUUAUAGACGCGGCCCUGAAUCUCGACUUUUCAUAGAAUAGUAGAGCUAUUGGACUCGCCCGUGCGUCGGCCUCCGCGUCCGCGUCCCGAUUUGGUUAAGGUUUUGUAUGUAAGCUGGUAUCUCAGUAACCACUUGUGGGAAUGGAUUGAAACUUCACACACAUAUUCGCUGUGAUAAACUGACUUACAUUGCAUAGAUUCCAUAACUCUGUUUUGCUUUUUUACAAAAUUAUGCCCCUUUUUCGACUUAGAAAUUUUUGGUUCAGGUUUUGUAUGUAAGCUGGUAUCUCAGUAACCAUUUGUGGGAAUGGAUUGAAACUUCAAACACUUAUUUACUGUGAUAAACUGACUUACAUAGCAUAG